AACAGAAGAUCCUCAUGGAAAGGGAAUAGAAUGGUUUGGAGUUAUCAUCAUUGUGAUUUGUUUAAUAUCCGGCGUUUUCGCUUACUCUCAGGAAAGUCAGCCUUUUGGAUCCUCCUCGUCCAAUGGUUCUUGAGGCCGUCCGCAAAUGUCGAACAGCCGGGAUCAAGGUGAUCAUGGUGACUGGAGAUCAUCCCGUAACCGCGAUGGCGAUAGCUAAGAAAGUCGGGAUCAUCAGCGAAGGCCACGAACCCAAAUACGACAAAGCAGUCGGACGCAAAAAGUCCAUUUCUCUUAUCGCAGACGUGGAAGCCGAAGCAAUUGUCGUUACCGGCUCAGAACUUCGAAACAUGGACCCUGUCGAAAUAGAUGACAUUGUCAGCAAAUAUGAGGAAAUUGUCUUUGCAAGAACUUCACCACAGCAAAAGCUCCUCAUAGUCGAAAGUUGCCAGCGACUUGGAGAAAUUGUAGCCGUGACUGGAGACGGAGUCAAUGACGCUCCAGCUUUGAGGAAAGCAGACAUCGGUGUUGCAAUGGGCAUUGCAGGAUCGGACGUUGCAAAAAAUGCUGCCGAUAUGAUUCUCAUGGAUGACAAUUUUGCAACUAUCGUGAUAGGAAUUGAAGAAGGAAGGCUAAUUUUUGAUAAUUUGAAGAAAUCGAUCGCUUAUACUUUAACUUCAAGCGUUCCUGAGAUGCUACCGAUGCUUGCAAGUAUUCUGUUCUCAAUUCCACUACCUUUUGUUAUUGAACUUGUACUUUGUGUGGAUAUUGGGACAGACCUCCUUCCGGCGAUUGCACUCGCGUAUGAGAAAGCAGAGUCCGAUAUUAUGCAUAGGGCUCCUAGGAAUCCAAUGCGAGAUAAACUUGUCAAUAGAAGACUAAUUUCAAUGGCCUAUGGACAAAUCGGCAUGACUCAGUCCAUUGCUGGGUUCUAUACGUAUUUUACGAUUCUUUUGUCUCAUGGGUUUAAGCCGCAACAUUUGUUUGGAUUAAGGCAGGACUGGGAAAACAGUGCGAUUAAUGACCUAAAGGAUUCAUGGGGACAGACUUGGGACUAUAAAAGCAGGAUGAACUUGCUGAAUGAAGCAAGAACUGGAUACUUUCUCGCGAUCGUCAUCACACAAAUGGUGGAUCUAAUUAUGUGCAAGACAAGGCGUAACUCUAUAUUUCAGCAAGGAAUGGGGAAUUGGUUUCUUAACUUUUCAUUUAUCUUCGAAAUCGUUCUUACUGGGGCUUUACUCUACAUACCAGGCACCGAAACUGUUCUGAAGACAAUGCCUCUAGCGGCUAUUUGGUAUUUACCAUGUUUGCCUUUUGCUAUAUUUCUCUGGAUUUACGACGAACUUCGGAGGUACGCGAUUAGGAAAUAUCCGGGAGGAUUCUUUGAGAGAGAAACUUAUUACUAAAUGGCUACUAGAAAUGUGCAAACGAUUUUCCAGACAAGAGUCAUCCCUUUCAUUUUCCACACCAUACAUUUAUAAUUUUUAUUUUACUAUUAACAAUACGAUUAAGAAUGAAGA